AUGGCCAAGAAUCUCCACGACGUCGCGGCGAAACUUUCCCAGUGCCGCGACAGCCUCGUGCACCUUGUUGACUCUGCCACUGCCACAGUGCAAGAUGCAGUGGUUUCCAUGAAGGUCGACAAGGUUUGUGGCGACAUCACACUGGCGGGCGAAGCGGCAACCCUGAACAAGUUUAUGCAAUUCUUACAUGAAAAGACAUCCGUGGCGAACAUAGAAGGGCUGGUGAUGCUCGCACAGGCAUUUAUAUGGGACGACCUGGCGCUCGUGUCGUCGUUCCACGACAAAGGAGCACCUGUCAUGGUGAGCUCGACCAACAGAGGCCGGGUCCAGCCGGCUACACGGCAUUGCACGUCAAUUCCAGUGGUUCUUCCCAACGCAUCGCCAAUGAAGCAUCCUCCUGAAGAGCCUGAUGCGCCUGCCAAUUCCGAUGACAUCAUUGAAGAAUUGUAUCAAUCUUUGCGCAUGCAAGUACGCGAGUCGAAAUCCAAGCAGCUAAACGAGAAGGUCACUGCAGCUCCUACAAUCAAGCGCUCCAGCCACACCCCGACUUAUGCGACCACCGCAAGUGCUUCACGGAAGCGACUGCUCGUAGCGUAUGGCGUCGUCAACACGCUAUAA